AUUGGAUUAAAAUGGACAAACUAUUCUCGAAAUCCAAGAGGGAGAAAUUUGCAGACACCUUUGGCAAAGACCAAAUAGAAAAUGAUAUUUUAACUCCAAGCUCUAAAAGGAUAAUUCUGCAUGGUGAGGACAUUACUUACUUAAAACGCAGCCAAAUGAUGAAAAUAAUUAGCGAUUUCCGGAAAAAUCUCGACUCUAACAACAAUGACAUUCUAAAAUCUUUAACAGACGAAGAGAAAGAGAAGAUUGAGGAAGCUCGUUUGCUCCAAGCAAGCAAGCUUAAAUCCCUCAAAGUUAUGCUUACUAUCAGACCUGAAUAUUUUGAAGAAGAAGAUUAUAAAAAGUACGAUGAAUGCCGGACCAAAAUUAACUACGUAAUCCCUCUCACAUGAGUAAGUUUCCUACUAGCCAGUUACGUCAAGUUCACCAGUUUUGUGCAUCAAGGCUCUAUAUUCCAAAGCGCAGGCUUAAUUGUUGCUACUUAUGUUCCCACAUUUCUGUACUAUGCGUACUGGCGGAAUAAAGAAUCACAGUUCAUUCGAAGCAUCAUGCAUAAAUACUAGAGGCUCAUAAUUUAUAAUUCAAUGGUAAUA